GCCGUGGAGUGCUUCCAAAACCCCAUUGCAAGCGUGGGUGGGUUUUCCCAACAACCCUUGUUUCCUCACUCGCUCACUCUGUCUCUCUCUUUCUCUCUCUGAUCGACAUGAGUUCCUCUGUGACAGCGAUGGCAAAUGGUGGUAGCGAUGCAUCGGCAAAGGCGACGCCAGGCCGUCUGGCAGGAGUCUAUAGCGAAGUACAGACUAGCCGUCUCAACCACAUUCUCCCACUCCCCUCUGUUCUCAAGAAGCCUUUCCAGAUCGUCGACGGUCCCCCCAGUUCAUCCGCUGGACAUCCCGAUGAGAUCGCCAAGCUCUUUCCCAAUCUGUUCGGGCAGCCGUCUGCCCUGCUGGUGCCGAGCGACUCCCCUCUCUCGGAAAAGAUAUUGAAGAUCGGUGUCGUUCUCUCUGGUGGCCAGGCUCCAGGGGGACACAAUGUCAUCUGUGGGAUUUUUGAUUACUUGCAGGAACGCGCUAAGGGCAGCAUCGUUUAUGGAUUCAAGGGUGGUCCUGCUGGGAUCAUGAAAUGCAAGUAUGUGGAGCUGACUUCGGAGUUUAUCUACCCAUACAGAAAUCAGGGUGGGUUUGAUAUGAUCUGUAGUGGAAGGGACAAAAUUGAAACUCCAGAACAGUUUAAGCAAGCUGAAGAUACUGCAUCAAAACUUGAUUUGGAUGGACUUGUAGUUAUUGGUGGCGAUGACUCAAAUACUAAUGCGUGCCUCCUUGCUGAAAACUUCAGGCAUAAAAAUAUGAAAACUCGAGUUCUUGGAUGUCCAAAGACAAUUGAUGGUGAUUUGAAAUGCAAGGAGGUUCCAACAAGUUUUGGAUUUGAUACAGCAUGCAAGAUAUAUGCGGAGAUGAUAGGCAAUGUCAUGACAGAUGCUCGGUCAACAGGAAAAUAUUAUCACUUUGUAAGGCUUAUGGGGCGUGCAGCGUCGCACAUCACACUAGAGUGUGCUUUGCAGACACAUCCAAACAUCACUAUCAUUGGAGAAGAGGUGGCUGCCAAGAAGCAGACAUUGAAAAACGUCACAGACUACAUUACAGAUGUAAUUUGCAAGCGUGCAGAACUUGGCUACAAUUAUGGUGUCAUACUCGUACCAGAAGGCUUAAUUGAUUUCAUUCCAGAGGUACAACAGCUUAUAUCAGAACUGAAUGAAAUCCUAGCUCAUGAUGUUGUCGAUGAAGGUGGCUUGUGGAAACAGAAACUUCAACCUCAGUCUCAGCAGCUUUUUGACUUUUUACCUCAGGCAAUACAGGAACAAUUGAUGCUAGAAAGAGAUCCACAUGGAAAUGUGCAGGUUGCUAAAAUAGAAACAGAAAAAAUGCUUAUUUCAAUGGUUGAGACUGAGUUAGAGAAAAGAAAGGAGGAGGGUAAAUAUAAAGGGCAGUUCAAAGGGCAAUCUCAUUUUUUUGGUUAUGAAGGAAGAUGUGGUUUGCCUACAAAUUUCGACUCUACCUAUUGCUAUGCAUUGGGUUAUGCUGCGGGUGCCCUCCUCCAUUCUGGGAAGACUGGCCUCAUAUCAUCAGUGGGCAACUUGGCUGCUCCUAUCGAUGAAUGGACUGUUGGUGGGACUGCGUUGACUUCACUGAUGGAUGUGGAGAGGAGGCAUGGUAAGUUCAAGCCAGUGAUCAAGAAAGCGAUGGUGGAGCUUGAAGGUGCUCCAUUCAAAAAGUUUGCAUCCUUGCGUGAUGAAUGGGCAAUCAAGAAUAGAUACAUCAGUCCAGGUCCCAUUCAAUUUCAUGGCCCCGCGUCCAAUGUCAUCAAUCACACUUUGCUGCUGGAACUUGGAGCUCAAGCUUAAGAGGUUUUUGGGUCUGCAAAUCAUCCUUGUGGCUAGAAAAUUUGAGUUGAUUGGACAUGCAUUUGUUGAUGUGAGAUGUAGUUGAUAGAUGAAUAAGUCACUUCAUAGGACUGGAAACAGGAAAAACAUGUUGACAUUUGUUUGCAUCAUGGGAUUAAAUUCCUGACUGCAUUGUCCCAAUUUUUAGUAGUUGCAUCUAUGCUUAUAGCCUGAGGUUUCUAAUC